CUCCCUCCAGACUCCACCUCCUCUGGCUGGUCCUCUCCUCUCUUUGGCUCUUCUUCCCGGGUUCCCCUCCUCUCCGUCCUCCUCGCUUCCAAGCCAAGCCAAGCCAAAAUCACACACGCACACAACACACAGAAAGCCGCGCGAGUCCACCCACCAGUCCACUACCCCGCACGCUAUAACUGUAGCCAGCGGAGGCGGAGGCGCGCGGCGGCGGCCGACGACAACUCAGCCAGCCAUGGCGACGGGGGGCGGCCAGCAGGGGAAGGCCGCGGGGUACUACCAGUACCCGGCCUCGUACUCGUACGCCGGCGCCGCGGCCGCGGCCGCGGAGGAGGAGCGCCGGUGGUGGCCGUGGCUCGUGCCCACCGUGCUCGUCGCCUGCAUCGCGGUCUUCGCGGCCGAGAUGUUCGUCAACGACUGCCCGCGCCACGGGAGCGCGCUCGGCGGCGGCGCCGGGUCCGGGUGCGUCGCGGCCGGGCUCCUCCGCCGGUUCUCCUUCCAGCCGCUCCGCGAGAACCCGCUCUUCGGGCCUUCCUCCGCCACCUUGGAGAAGAUGGGAGCUCUCAACUGGGCCAAAGUAGUUCAUGAGCACCAAGGGUGGCGCCUCAUAAGCUGUAUCUGGCUCCAUGCUGGUCUAGUUCACUUGGUUGUCAACAUGCUAAGCUUGCUCUUCAUUGGAAUCCGCCUUGAGCAACAAUUUGGGUUUGUGCGCAUUGGGGUUAUCUACUUGAUAUCUGGCUUUGGCGGCAGUGUCCUGUCUGCUCUUUUCCUACACAGUAACUACAUCUCUGUUGGUGCCUCUGGGGCUUUGUUUGGCCUCCUUGGAUCAAUGCUUUCAGAGCUUAUUAUGAACUGGACUAUCUAUUCCAACAAGGCAGCGGCAAUCAUAACUCUACUUUUUAUAAUUGCAAUUAACCUGGCCAUUGGGAUAUUACCUCAUGCUGAUAAUUUUGCCCACAUUGGUGGCUUUGCUUCUGGAUUUCUUCUUGGAUUCGUGCUGCUGGCAAGACCUCAAUUUGGCUGGAUGGAACGCAGCGAGCUACCUCAGACUAAUCAACCUCCAAAGUACAAAUUGUACCAGUAUGUCUUGUGGGUUGCUGCACUCCUCUUGCUGGUAGUUGGAUUUGUGAUUAUCUUGGUCAUGCUCUUCAAGGGUAAGAACGGGAACGAUAGCUGCCACUGGUGCCAUUACCUGAACUGCGUACCAACAUCCAGAUGGAAGUGCGAUACAUAGCUUGCUAUAUUCUGCAAAGUAUAUGCUUCUUGAGGGAGCAGAUUUUUUUUAUUUUUUAUUUUUAUUUUUUUUAUGUUGGUGUGUUUGUGGAAAUGUACGACGAAAUGUGUCCUCCUCCACCUGACCAUCCUGCACUUGUGCCCUAAUUCUCCCUGGUUCUUUGAAGUACAAAUGUUUCAGAAUUGUAGCUCGAGCUUGUAACUGUUGAUUUCAGCGCAAUUGCUAUAUUUGAUUCUCUCACAACAAAUCAA